CCACCUGUCUUAUCCACCAAUGACUUGUGGAGGGAGGAAUGUGGAUUACACUUGAUUCCACCCUUAUUGAAUCCUUUUUACCCUACGGUCGUAUUUCAAUCUGUAAAUUACCGUGUCACUCAGUUAUUGAAUCGCGUCGGACCGUGGGGAGCAAUACUGACGGAGUGGCGGCGUGGCGAAGGUGUUAAGUGACCGCGGGAGUGUUAAGUGGGUUUAGCGAUGUCGUGACGCUAACUUGGCGGAUCAAGUUAUCAUAAAUCACUCGUAGGUCGUAAAGGCACUGCAUAUAAACUUGCCUGAGGGCCGAGCCGCUCUCUAAACCCCUUCAGGAGAUCGCGUGAAGCCAUCCCUCCUCUGCCGUGCGUCUGACCGUGGCGUGAAUCUUACCCUUGCAUCCCCUCACACACUCAUCGCCGUCAGGAGACAUGGUAGACAGUGACGUGAGCGAGGCGCCCUUAUCCACACCAGGGAACGACAUGAGCGCUGAAUAUUGCCAACAAAACCAGGCUGAGGCAGAAGACGUGACGCGCGAACCAGCUUCCUCUGAUUCGAGCACGUCAGUCGAUGGUGCAACGAAACCUGAAUCCUCGAAGCUCGUCGAUAACACAGCAAAGCCUCGAGCUGAAGCCAGUGCGAGUCCCGGGGAGGCAGGGCAGGAGUCAUUCGCUCAGCUGCUUCCGUCUGAACACCAGCAACAAACCAACAACAACAACCACAACAACAACAAUUAAAAGGCCUGAGACGCAGAAGACAGCCCCAGUUAGACCCUCCUGUCAUGGCCAGCACUUCAGGUCCCAACAGCUAUGACCUGAACGACCCUUCCUCCGUGCCCUACCACAUCGCCACCAUGAACCUGGCCCCGGGAGAGCACCCAAGCCUCCUGACGCGGCGCAUGGGGCAGGCCAGCUCCUCUGUGGCCCCCCUGGUGGUCAAGAUACCCUCCUCAGCCUCAAGAUCUCCGGUGAUUUUGACUCCCAAGCGUGUGAAAAGAAACAGCGCGCCCAACACGCCCACUACACCCGUCAGUGCCCCGCCCGUCAUGCCCGCCGCCCGUCACAAAAUUUCCUGUCCAUCACCAAUCAUGAGGGUCAUUUUUGAGGAUUGGAACAAAAAUCACCCCACACACCACACCGCCUUCUAUCGUAUACAGGACCCUCAACUAAACCAGCCCAAAACCCAGGGAAGUGUCAUCAUGUACUGCGUUUCAGGCCACAUCUCCUCGCAAUCUGCUGGCAUUUCCCCGUGCAAGUGUCUACGUGAGCGAAUAGAGGCGAACACAAAGCCAGGAGGUGGUGUCAUAGAAUGGGCGUGUUCCGGGGAGUCCCCUCACACCACCACCUGCUUUCCGUGAUCCUUCUUGCUGUAUGUGAACCAAGGCAAGAGCUGCAGGCCACCCCGGGAUUUCCACAGUGUCUUUUUAGGUAUUCUCAUCUCACCUGGCCAUGUUUGUACCUCACCGUGGACCCCGUGUGUGUAUUUUGGCAGGCUGAUGUACAUGUCGUGGGUUCUCAAGGGUGUUUUCAUGAUUCCUGUAGUAGUUUUAAAAAUCGUUCUUCAUUGCUACUGGGAAAACUUCUAUGAAAACCUCACUAGCCAUCUCUUUGGGGUUUUAAAUUAUCAGUAUACCUGUUUAUACCUGCCCGUGGAUCGUGUGAAUUUUGUCUGGCCACAGUAAAAGGUAUCGUGGUUUUCAAGGGCGUUUUCAUGAUGCUGGUAAUGCUUUGGUAAUCUCUGUGGCCUUUUGAAAUUAUUAAACCAAACAUAAUUACCCGUAUACCUGACUUUAACAGGCUCCAGUAGAAGUUUCUGUAGCUUUCAAGGGUGUUUUAAUGAUUCCGGUAAUAGUUUAAAAAGCGUUUAACAUUACUAUUGGAAAAACACAAAUGGAAACUUCAAUAAUCAUUUAUGUGACCUUUUAAAUGAGUUUUGAUGAGGGAAUAAAGUGUUUCAAAAGUA